AUAAAGCGUUAAGGAAGAAAAAAAAAAGUGUCUCACAACAAUGACUCUUUCAAAUAGUUUCGUCAUUCUCUUCUUCAUCACAGUAAUCUUUGCCACUAAAUUACCAACUACAAAUGGAGAUUUCACACAACAAUCCAACAUCAUGUUACCUUCACAACAACAAAAAACAGAGAAACUAACAAAUAUCCAUUUCUACUACCAUGACAUAAGAAACAACAACAACCCCACCAUAGUACAAAUCAUAGACACACCAAAAAAUGUUCCUAAUGGAUUUGGUUCCACAUUCAUGAUGGAUGAUGUAAUGACUGAAGGGCCAGAGUUAAGUUCACAUCACAUUGGAAGAGCUCAAGGGCUUUUUGGUCUUUCUUCACUUCAAGAUCUUGGAAUGUUUAUGUUAACAAAUUUUGUUUUUAAUGAAGGGAAGUAUAGUGGGAGUACUCUUAGUAUGUUGGGAAGGAAUCCAAUUUCAGAACAAAAUAGAGAAAUGCCUAUUGUUGGUGGAACUGGUGUUUUUAGAUUUGCUAGAGGAUUUGCUAUUGCAAAUAGUGUUAAUUCCAUUUCUACCCCUGAACAUUUUGUUGUUGAGUAUAAUAUUACUGUUUCUCAUCCUUAAAAAUGUUCUUUUGAAAGAGGGUGUAGGUUUAUAAUUAUAUGCCUUUUGGGCUACUACAAGAAAGUUAGAGAUAGUUGGGUAGUGUUAAUGUCAAUUAUUCAUUAAGCAACUUUGGUUGUUUUGUACGAUGUAUGUGUUUUUAUCAGUUUUAAUUAAUAUGUGUUUUGUCUUACUAUUAAUUUCUA